UGGUAGUUUGCCAAAAAAAACAUGCAAGUCAAUCGGUGCAAGCUCUCUCCUUUCUCCUUUCUCCUCGUCCUCCUCUUCCUUCUCGUCUCCUCCAAUGCUUCAACACUAGAUGAAACAUGCAAGUCAAUCGGUGCAAGCAAGAUGAACAUCAGCUACGACUAUUGUAUCAAGUUCUUCGAGGCCAACAAAGCCAGCACCACCGCGGGCAAGCACGGCCUCGUCGUCAUCGCCACGAAGAUCACCCGAGCCGAGGCCACGAACACCCGCAAGCGCAUCACUGACCUAAAGGCAUCAUUGAAGGACAGGAAGGUCAAGGAGCGCCUUUCCGUCUGCCGCAUGCAGUACACGUUCGCGGAGAAAUGGCUCCUAGCCGCGGCCAACGGCAUCAAGUCUGGUCAUUUGCAGGACGCGAAACGGAACCUCAACGCCGUGAUAAUGGGCACCGACACCUGCGAGGAAUGGUUCCGCGAGCUGGGCAUGGCGUCGCCGUUGGGCGCCGAGGACGAUGCGUUCACCAAGGGCUGCUCCAUCGCUCUAGCCAUAACGAACAUGUUGUAGCUAAGCUAACCAACGAGGAUGUGUGAAUCUGGCUAACAACUCUAGCUACGAGCUCCAUGGUCAUUUGGAUCGACCAAUAAACUGUUGGAACCUGCAAUUUCGUAUCAGUGAACUUUGCAAGUAUGUUUGGAUGGAAUUUUGUUUGCUUA